AUGGCGCUCUUGAUGCAAGACUCAGGGCUGGUGUCGCGGCGAGGGCCGUCCGCAGGCGCGCCGCCGGCCAAGGGCUCUCCGCCCCCGGAGGCGGACAACAACAACGAGCCGGGCGGCCUGGUGGACCUGUAUCGCCUACUAGGCAAGGUCCGAGUGUUCACUUGCUCGGUGUGCAGCCGGUCGUUCGGCUACAAGCACGUGCUGCAGAACCACGAGCGCACGCACACCGGCGAGAAGCCGUUCGCGUGCGCGUCGUGCGGCAAGCGCUUCACGCGCGACCACCACCUCAAGACGCACAUGCGGCUGCACACGGGCGAGAAGCCGUACCACUGCACGCAGUGCGACCGCCAGUUCGUGCAGGUGGCCAACCUGCGGCGCCACCUGCGCGUGCACACCGGCGAGCGGCCGUACGCCUGCACGCUCUGCCCGUCGCGCUUCUCCGACUCCAACCAGCUGAAGGCGCACGCGCUCAUCCACCGCGGCGAGAAGCCGUUCGCGUGCGCGUCGUGCGGGGGCCGCUUCCGCCGCCGCCACCACCUGGCGCACCACAAGUGCUCCGGGCCUCCGCCCCCACCACCCGCGCAGGCGCCGCCCUCCGCGGUCGCAGCCGCCGUCCCGCCCCCGGAGUCUCCGUCGCCGCCUCUCUCCGACGUCGUCCAGACCGGUUCGGGUCACGACGACAACGGGACCGAGUUCGUCAACGAGGACGACGAGAUGGACGACGGGUACGGCGACGAGCAGAACUUGGUAAUGUACAGUGUACCUCCGGAGCAGACCGAGCCGGAGGACUUGUCCAUGAAGGCGGUGGUCCGCCAAGACUCCAGCUUCCUGGCCAAGCACCACCACCCCAAGUUCCGCCACCGCGCCCCACAGCUGUCCUAGCCCCCAGCUGCGAGGGUCGGCCAGUCGUCGCGCUGGACACUUCGUCCUUUCUCUCCGAACGACUGCUGAAGAACUGUCAGGUCUCGUUCCUCCCUGUCGAGCGAACACUCGCUGUCGGUAUCUACGGGAAAACAGGGUGCAGGAAACAGCAGCAAUGGUAUUGGUGAAUAUGGCGGAGACCCAUUCCUUCAUUGAGUGCGAAGAUAUUACGACGACGUUCAAAUCUAUCAGCAUAUCAACAACACAAAUGUACAAGAAGAAACUCCUGUCUUUCAACACAAACUAUGCUCAACACUGACUGAUACAUUGAGAUUAGCUGUUCGCGUAUCCUCUUUCGAGCUGGCUCACCUAAGGGAGAAUUCACUCACGUUGUACCUGAAAGCAGGCCAGACUGCAAGAACGUAGUCGACAACGAUCUGGUGACAAGACUACAGAAUACAUUAGCGUGGAGGGUGACAGUAAAGUUGGAGACAUUCUAUCUGGCUUCUGCGGAUCUCAAAUUCUUCAUUACAAGCAAUGCUCAAUACUGACUGAUAUAUGAAGCGUAUUCCAAAACUAAGGUCGGUCUGGUCAUAAAGAAAGAAGCUAUUGAGAAAAUGUUUUUAUUGACAGUAAUAUUUUACUACAUAUCUUCUUUACAUUUUCACAUAAUAGUCGUUCACAUCUAUACACUUUCUGCAACGCUACACCAGCUUCUUUAACCUCUCUGCAUAUGGGCCUGCCAGUUGGUAAAGCCACUCUUGAGUUCAUCGUAGUUUUGAAAUCGUUGUCCAUCCAGCCACUUUUUUAUGUGCAAGAAGAGGAAAUAGUCGCUUGGUGCAAGAUCGGAGCUGUAUGGAGGGUGAUCAAAAUGUUCGCAUUUUUAAUCUUCUCCUUGGUUUUGGCAGCGGUGUGAGGUCGUGUGUUGUCGUGAAGGAGGAUUAUGCCAGAUGACAGUUUCUCUCCGCGUCCAUGUGGGAUCGCAUCCCUCAGAUUGGUUAGCGUUACACAGUAUACCUCUAGUGUAAUUCUUGACCCAUGGCCUAUGAAAUCAAUCGAAAGGACACCCUUUUCGUCCCAAAAAAUGGUAGACACCAUUUUUCGUUUUCAGAACGCAGAUUACUUGACCUUUUUUGGUUUCGAUGAGCUUGAAUGGAGGUAUUGCAUGUACUGCAUUCUGCGUCCGUGUACGAUAUCCACGUCUCGCCGCCCGUAAUGAUGUGGGAAAACAAAUCCCUUCUAUCUUGUCAAUGGCACUCCAAAAACUGUCGUGCACUAUGCAUUCUUUGCUCUAUGUGCUGAUCACUGAGCAUUUUUGGAGCCCACCUCACACACGCUUCGUGAUAUCCAAGCUGUUUAGUGACAGACCUGUAAACUGAGGUUCGAGCAACAUCUUGGAAUUCGUUAGCCAGACCACAAAUCGUCAGUCGCUGGUCACUUUAAAGUUUUUGGUUCACUUGAUCAACGAUGUCGUUGGUCCCCAGACUGGGCCUGCCACUCCGCUGUUCAUCAUGAACAUUUGUGAGGUCAUUUUGAAAUUCUCGACACCAUUUUCGAACUUGGUUGUCUCUCAUUAUUUCAGGUCCAACACUAGGCAUAACUCACGACAGAUUUCAGCAGCUGAAGAUCUUUUGUCACACCGCGCACUUCACAACUGGCGGGAUCUACGAUGGUCUCUGCCAUUGCGAUCUACUCUCGCCGACUGAAAAACGACUACUGAAUCAAACCAAUACUCCAGUAGUUUCCUAAAGAGUCGGUAGACAGCGCUGCAUGCGCGAAACUUCAUUCAGACCGGCCAUCAGAUAAAUAUUGGCCACGGACCUUAGUUUUGGAAUACUUCUCGUAUAAGCAUUAGCCGUUCUUCAAGUUUCACAUUCCAGUCAGCUUCACCUAAGGAAGAAUUCACUCAUGCUGUACCUGAAACGAAGCCAGUUCUCAAGAAUGAAGUCGAUGAGCAGUCUGGACACAGCAACACGAAAUACGAGCUCAGUGUGAAGCACGGCACGGCGCGAUGGCGCCAGCGCGGCUGCAGAGAAGUUGGAAAUGUAUCUACAGGAACCUCGAAUUUCUUUCCUUCGCCCAUAGAAAUCUGUAUCUACGUUACUUUGAAAGAGAAGGAAAUUAAUUUCAGACAUUAGCCGUCCAGUGCCAUUUUCUUCAACGGAAAUGUGAUGCACAAAUGCAACUGCGGAACAAAACUCGUAUCUACCAAAAAACUGAACCAGAGCCACUGAAAUCAGCUUUAAGUGAGGGUAUCAGACUAAACAAGAGCCGUCCAAUUACAUCCUCGUCCGGUGGAAUUUGAAAAUCAAACCAAGGCUGAAAUAAAUGUUAACUCUUUGGACAGCGUUUUUCUUUGUGGUGUUGGAAUUGUAAUACGCAGUGUGGUUUCAUCUCAUUGGGAAUAUGACACGGGUGAAGGGCGUGGGGCGUGUAUACAAUAACUGCACAAAGCUUAAACGGUUUUAGGUUCGUCUGUGACAACCACUGUUGUCCAAAGCAGAGCAUUUCCGAGCCGAAACUCACCACAGGCUUUUGUACGCCUUCGCGAUUGUUUGCGACUCUCCAGCUUCUAGAAACUUGCAGUUGCUCGUGUGUAAUGUGGUCUACUCAGUCACUAGCAUGCCAUUCGUUGUGGACACCUGCUUGCUGAAAAUCAUGCUUCUGAUUUCCUCGCCACUUGCACUCUGAUACUUCAUCGCCUGUUACAGGGUACAUUUCAUCAGCAUAACAAUUUCCUAACCUCUAAGUAGGCAAUGUAAAUCUUCCUCCUCCCUACUCCUUUUGUUCUGUACCAGCCAGCAGUUCAGCGCAAGGUCAGUCCUUUUUUUAUCCUCAAGUGACCCCACGCCUCGCUUCGAGGUCAGAGGUCACGCAUCUCGUCCAGCCAGGUCAACUGGCGGACACACGGCGUAGCUGAAACACGCUACGCCGUUACAAUUACGGGUAUGUACCGGAUGGUAUGUAGUCAUCUGUAGGUUUUAAGGAUUAGUUUAAGAUGGAAGCCAUUCCAAACACUCUCAGGGCAUUUACUUUUGUAUGGAUGUACUAUAACUGAAUAUUACAUUUUUUACACUUUUGAAUGUGAAAGUAGCAUAGUGUAAAUAGUAGAUUAUCUAGCAGAUAUUUUGAAAAGAGAAAUACAUCGUUGAGAAUAAAUGUAUAAACGUGUACUUUUCUUACGUGGAUUGCUGUUCCUAUGGUUCAACUGAUAUAUAUAUAUUUAUAUUUAUAUUUGCAUGUGCAACAGAUAUUUUUUAUCUUGUACAAUACCGUGUGGCAAAUCGCAUCUGUUUUCACAUUACUGUGUGAAUACAGUUUGCAUACUAUUGCUGUUUAGUUCCUAACGGCUGCACUGUCCUAGCAAUUUUGUUACUUAAGAAGCUUUUAUUGGUGUAGAAAUCAGUGCUGUUGCUUUUAUUUUUAUUACUGUUGAAACAAUGCUGUAUAGGUCUGAUUUUUGCUUAAAACUGUGUAUUUCAACUUUAGAGUAGUUUAAAUGGAUCAGUUCCUAAUGCAGUGCAUGCAAAUCAUUUUCCAGAGAGAAAAUAUGUAUCGUUCCUUUCCACUGAGAAAUAAGUGGGGUUUUGCUGUUAACUUAUUCUCAGAUCUCUUUGGAGACAGUUGUGAAAUAGCAGCUCAUGACCGAGAUUUUUAAAGAGACAAAUUAUUUACAUGAAGAGAUAAGACUGUCAAUUAGCCUUUGAGUCCUAAAUAUGCACGUUUGUAACAACAAUUUCAAGACUGAGUUUUUUUCAUAACAAAACUGUGUUGUGGACCAUAGCUUUAAAUAUUAACUGCCGGUGUAUGCCAAAGAGAUAUAAACUGUGGUUACUGUUGAUUUGUAUUCAGGUUUUUAUUUAAUAAAUAUCUUAUCUGUCUGAAA